AUGAAGCUCUCAACGAUCACCCUCUUUGCCGCUGCAGCCAUGCUGGCAGGAACAAGCGCCGUCGACACGACUGCGCGGACGCACAGCGACAUUACGCAGCGCCAACUCCGAGUUGAGACAUCGCCCGAAGCGAUUGAAACGGACCUGCGUGACGACGAGCUCGGCGCGAGUGAGGACUUCUGGGGCUCCUGGGACAACCACUACGCACAGGCACAAAGCGAUCCGCUCAGCAAUGACACCAGCUCUGCCAGCGCUGACGGCGCGCACGAGCCCACCGUGGGGGACCUUCCUGCAGCGGCGAAGGAGCUGCUCGACAAAGUGGAGAGCGUGGCGACCGCCGCGAUGCCCUUCAGCGUCGAGACGGCCCAGUCGUACUUGCUCCCCGCGUGCCUCGUGGUCGCCGCCAUGUUCGUGAUCGCGAUCGCCGCCGUGCUCAUCGGCGUGCGACGACAGCAGAUGAGCGAGCCGAGAUUCGGCCCCGUGGAGCUGGCAUCCGACCUGCCGGACCCCAUGACCACAUCGGCCGAGAGCGACGCCGGAGACGACGGCUCCGACGCCAGUUCGCCUACUCACGGCGAGGACGAAGGCGAGGCGGACACGGGCGCGACUGUCAUCUUCGGCGACGAGGAGGAAGAGAAGGAGGAGGAAGAGGACGUAGCCGACCUAGCAGCAUAG